GUCAGCCAGCCCCUCGACCUGCACCGCACACUUCAGUUCCCUGAAGUCCUCGCGGCGCGUCCUUUCUCAAUUUACUACUCGAGGGGCGAGAGCCAACAGUUGGCUCUUCGUUCAAACUCCCGUGGUCUAAAAGGGCCAGUAAGUGCCAAAGAUGCGGCGGGGUCGGGACCCCAAACCCUGGCUGGUUCCUGUGCCAGUGCUGUGAUCAUUCAGCCCUGGAGCCCUUUGGACCUUCAGGUCCUCCAGCUUUUGGAAGAUGACCUUGAAGAGUAGAGGGACGGAGUUGGGGGAUGCUCGGGGCUCAGAUUCCUCAGGGGUCUGGGAGUCUCCCUCGAUCCAGACUCCAGCUUCACUCCUCGAUGUAUGUUACAGCACUGACACCCCGGGCGGGGGAUUUUUGUGUCGAAUCGCUGGGCAAAUACUUCUUGGCCCUCACUCCUGCUUGCCUCCGUCAGAUUACUUUUCACAGACUGGAGCUGGAUGGGAGGUGGAGAUGCCUCCUUCGAGGCUGAAGCUGGGCAGGUCUCCAAAGGUGCAGCAGCCACAGCAAUCCCGCAGUUCAAAGUUAAGCAACAGUUGCACAACUUCCAGCAGCUCCCUUCAGACGGAUACUAAUGAGCUGAAAGCCAGGAGCAUCUGAGAGGUGAAGAGGAAGCUUCCAGGUCUCUUCCCUUCACCCUAGAAAUCCAGGUAUCUCCCCCAUCCCCAGAGAACUUUGAGAUACUGUCCUUGCUGUUCGCUGGCCUGGCAGGCCAUGGCUCCCUUUGGAAGGAACUUGCUGAAGACUCGGCAUAAAAACAGAUCUCCAACUAAAGACAUGGAUUCAGAAGAGAAAGAAAUUGUGGUUUGGGUUUGCCAAGAAGAGAAGAUUGUCUGUGGGCUAACCAAACGCACCACCUCUGCUGACAUCAUCCAGGCUUUGCUUGAGGAACACGAGACUACAUUUGGAGAGAAACGAUUUCUUCUGGGGAAGCCCAGUGAUUACUGCAUCAUAGAAAAGUGGAGAGGCUCUGAACGGGUUCUUCCCCCACUAACAAGAAUCCUGAAGCUUUGGAAAGCAUGGGGGGAUGAGCAGCCUAAUAUGCAGUUUGUUUUGGUUAAAGCAGAUGCUUUUCUUCCAGCUCCCUUGUGGCGGACAGCUGAAGCCAAAUUAAUGCAAAACACAGAAAAACUGUGGGAGCUCAGCCCAGCAAAUUACAUGAAGACGUUACCACCAGAUAAGCAAAAGAGAAUAGUCAGAAAAACUUUCCGGAAACUGGCUAAAAUUAAGCAGGACACAGUUUCCCAAGAGCGAGAUAGUAUGGAGACAUUAGUUCAUCUGAUUAUUUCCCAGGAUCACACUAUUCAUCAACAAGUCAAGAGAAUGAAAGAGCUGGAUCUGGAAAUUGAAAAGUGUGAAGCUAAAUUCCACCUCAACCGGGUAGAAAAUGAUGGAGAAAAUUAUGUCCAGGAUGCAUAUUUGAUGCCCAGUUUCGGUGAAGUUGAGCAAAAACUAGGCUUGGAGUAUGAUGAAAACCAGAUUCUGGAGGACCUGAGAGAAAGUGAUGGAAUUGUACAGCUGGAGGAACGACUAACAUAUUAUAGAAAGCUCAUUGAUAAGCUCUCUGCCGAAAUAGAACAAGAGGUAAAAAGUAUUUGCACAGAGAUAAAUGAAGAUGCAGAAGGGGCAGCUGCAAGUGAACUUGAAGGCUCUAAUUUAGAAAGUGUUAAGUGUGAUUUGGAGAAAAGCAUGAAAGCUGGUUUGAAAAUCCACUCUUACUUGAGUGGCAUCCAGAAAGAGAUUAAAUACAGUGACUCAUUGCUUCAGAUGAAAGCUAAAGAAUAUGAGCUCCUGGCCAAGGAGUUCAAUUCCCUUCAUAUUAGCAACAAAGAUGAAUGCCAGCUAAAAGAAAACAGAGGAAAGGAAUCUGAGGUCCCUACCAGCAGUGGGGAGGUUCCUCCUUUUACUCAAAGAGUAUUUAACAUGUAUUCAAAUGACACAGACUCGGACACUGGUAUCAGCUCUAACCACAGUCAGGACUCAGAAACAACUGUAGGAGAUAUGGUGCUGUUGUCAACAUAAUUUGAAUGGCUUCUGUCUGACCUACUUUAAUGUUAGCGUUUGUUUAAUUUAGUAGGAAACGUUAAAUAUUCCAUUCUGCAAAAAAAUGUAAAUCAUGUUAAAGUGUUCGGUAGUUAAUAAAAACUAGAGAAUUUUGUAAGUUUGUUUUUGA